AUGGAAGGAAGCCACAGGGAAAGAUAUGGAAAGAUCUUAAAGAAAGCUGAGAAGUACCUUCACAGACGUCAAGGUUCCGAAUCCUCAGCAGCAUCGGAACCCUCAGUUGCGCCUCCCAUUAAGGGUGCUGGUGACGAUGAUGGUGGAAGCAGUUACAAAGCAUACUUGCGAAAGGCUAAGGAGUUCAUGCAAAAGAAGGAUGAUAAGGAAAAUCAAGUUGGAGAUGGGAAUUCGGACGCAAGUGCUGGUGAUCAAGAUAAGAAAAAACAGUAUGCAGCUAUAGCUACCGGCUUGUUGAUGGCAAGAAAAACGCAUAAACUUAUGCGAAAAGGGCGAAACAAGAAUGGGAUGGUGGGGCAGGAAGGUGAGGAGGAAGAGGUUGAAGAGGAGGAGGAGGAGGAAGAGGAGGAUGAGGAGGUUGAAGACGAGGAGAGUAGUGGAUGGUUUACAGAGUUCAUAGAGGGACUGUCAGAGUUCUUAGGCGAGCUUGAACUUUGA